AUGAUGCCGUUGAGACCAUCAAAGAGCGCCAUGCGCGCUUUCCACUACCAGAGAUACAUGGCCUCUGGGAGACGGUCGUUCACUUCGUCGUGUGUGGCCGCGAGCAACUCGCCCCACCGCUUUCCUGCCCAGAAACGUGAUCAGAGUACCACUGCAGCGGCAACAGCUUCGGAGGCCGCGAGACCUGUCCCCAGUCCUGCUUUCAACCAAGAGCCGCAGCGGAAUACCGUCUCCCCUCUGCAAAACCGAUCCGCCCCCGAGGUGGAUGACUCGAUGGUCGGCUUGAGUGGUGGUGAGAUCUUCCAUGAAAUGAUGUUGCGUAUUGGUGUCAAGCAUGUCUUCGGUUACCCUGGUGGUGCGAUUCUUCCCGUUUUCGAUGCUAUCUACAACUCGAAGCAUUUCGACUUCGUCCUCCCCAAGCAUGAACAAGGUGCUGGUCACAUGGCAGAAGGUUAUGCUCGUGCUUCAGGAAAGCCCGGUGUUGUGCUUGUGACUUCUGGCCCUGGUGCCACCAACGUUAUUACCCCGAUGCAGGAUGCGCUUUCAGACGGCACCCCAAUGGUCGUCUUCUGCGGUCAGGUCCCCACCAGUUCGAUCGGUACCGAUUCCUUCCAAGAAGCCGAUGUCGUCGGUAUCUCAAGAGCAUGCACAAAAUGGAACGUCAUGGUUAAAUCUGUGGCCGAGCUUCCUCGCCGUAUCCAGGAAGCCUUCGAGAUCGCUACCAGCGGCCGCCCCGGCCCCGUCCUCGUCGACCUGCCGAAAGAUAUCACCGCCGGUAUCCUCCGCAAGCCCAUCCCGAUGAACAGCACCCUGCCCUCUCUUCCCAGUGCCGCGACUAUGGCAGCACGAGAGCUGAGUUUGAAGCAGCUCGAGGGUACCAUUGGCCGUGUUGCUCGCCUCGUCAACAAGGCUAAGAAGCCCAUCUUGUAUGUUGGCCAGGGUCUGCUCGCCGGCCCUGAUGGCCCACAGGUUCUGAAGGAGCUGGCCGAUAAGGCCUGCAUCCCUGUGACUACCACCCUGCAGGGUCUGGGUGGAUUCGAUGAGCUCGACCCCAAGUCCCUACACAUGCUGGGCAUGCACGGAUCUGCUUAUGCGAACAUGGCCAUGCAGGAGGCAGAUUUGAUCAUUGCAAUUGGCGCUCGUUUCGACGACCGUGUCACUGGCAACAUUUCCAAGUUCGCCCCGCAGGCUAAGCUCGCUGCCUCCGAAAACCGGGGUGGUAUUGUGCAUUUCGAGAUUAUGCCCAAGAACAUCAACAAGGUGGUGCAGGCUACCGAGGCUGUCGAGGGUGACUGCGCGGAUAACAUCCGUAUGCUUCUCCCGCAGAUCAAUUCCGUUCCCGAGCGACUGGAAUGGUUUGAGCAGAUCAAUGACUGGAAGGCCCGUUUCCCCUUUUCGUUGUACGAGCAACAGAGCGCCGACGGUCCCAUCAAGCCUCAGACCUUGAUUGAGAAGCUCAGCGACCUAACUGCCCCCAUCAAGGACCGCACUGUCAUCACAACCGGUGUUGGCCAGCACCAGAUGUGGGCCGCCCAGCACUUCCGCUGGCGUCACCCCCGCACCAUGAUCACCUCUGGCGGUCUUGGUACGAUGGGUUACGGUCUCCCGUCGGCUAUUGGUGCCAAGGUGGCUCGUCCUGAAGCUUUGGUCAUUGACAUUGAUGGCGAUGCCUCUUUCAACAUGACUCUCACUGAGCUCUCCACGGCGGCCCAGUUCAACAUUGGAGUCAAGAUUCUUUUGUUGAACAAUGAAGAGCAGGGUAUGGUGACGCAGUGGCAGAACCUGUUCUACGAGGACCGCUACUCGCACACCCACCAGCAGAACCCCGACUUUGUUCCUUUGGCUAAGUCAAUGGGUGUUGCUGCUGACAAGGUCACCAAGCCAGCUGAGCUUGAGGAGAAGCUCAAGUGGCUGAUCGAGACUGACGGCCCGGCUCUGCUCGAGGUGUUCACUGACCGGAAGGUGCCAGUGCUUCCCAUGGUGCCCGCCGGAUGUGCUCUGCACGAAUUCUUGGUGUAUGACGAAACCAAGGAGCAGGAAAGAAAGGCCGUGAUGAGGAGUAGGAACGUUCCUAUCUAA